UUGACACACGUGUGGUGCACUCGUUGUGAAAGUCCGUUGGUUUUAUACUUAUUCUCGUAGCUAAGUGUUAAACUAAGCAAACCAAAAUGCCAAAAGAAAAGGUUGCUAAAAAGAGCCGACAACAUCAACAGGUUCAGAAACAAGGGAUAAACUUUAACCGUGACUUUGGACAACACAUCUUGAAGAACCCCCUGGUUGUCAAUAGUAUGGUUGAAAAGGCAGCACUACGGCCCACAGACGUGGUGUUGGAGGUGGGGCCUGGUACUGGAAACAUGACCGUUAAAUUACUUGAAAAAACAAAAAAGGUUGUGGCUUGUGAGAUUGACCCCAGGCUUGUGGCUGAACUUCAGAAACGUGUUCAAGGAACUCCAAUGGCCACCAAACUCCAAGUCAUGGUCGGUGAUGUGUUAAAAACUGAUCUUCCCUUCUUUGAUGUGUGUGUGGCAAAUUUGCCAUAUCAGAUUUCAUCCCCUUUUGUAUUCAAACUUCUACUUCACAGACCAUUCUUCAGGUGUGCAAUCCUGAUGUUCCAGAGAGAGUUCGCUCAGCGUCUGGUGGCCAAACCUGGCGACAAGUUGUACUGCAGACUCUCUGUAAACACACAGCUUUUGGCCAGAGUGGAUCAUCUGAUGAAGGUGGGAAAGAACAACUUUCGCCCUCCUCCUAAAGUGGAGUCCAGUGUGGUCAGAAUAGAACCCAGAAAUCCACCUCCUGCAAUCAAUUUUCAGGAAUGGGAUGGCUUGUUAAGGAUAUGUUUUGCCAGAAAGAACAAGACCAUUGGAGCAGCUUUCAAGUUCUCCUCUGUGUUGGAUUUACUGGAGAAAAAUUACAAAGUCCACUGUUCUGUGAAAAACAUACCUAUUGCAGCAGAUUUCAACGUUAAAGACAAAGUGGAGGAACUCCUUCAGAAAAAUGGUACCGACAAAAAACGAGCAAGGACAAUGGACAUUGAUGAUUUUAUAUCAUUACUACACAGUUUCAAUGUAGAGGGAUUCCAUUUUUCCUGAUCCAAAUCCGAAGACAAUUUCCAAAAUCACCGCGGUAAUUAUAAAACAAUGGCUUGUGUUGACCUGGAUCUUUCCCCACUAAUUCGAGCCUAUUCACAAUGAAGGUUGGCAGAAAUGAUUGGUCCUGUAUCAGAUCACAUGAUCCACACU